AAAGGCAAAAUAGAAGUUGGAAAGAAUGGGAAGGAAGGAGAGGCUGCUGCUUUUCGAAGGGUUUUUUGAGUUGAACGGGUCGUCUUCCCCAUACAACUUCAGACACGUUCGCCAUUUAAAGCCACCACUCAUGCCGAUCUCUGCGCCCCUCCCUCACAUGCCCUUCCCCAUUUAAAUUCCCCCGCACACGCCCUCUCUCUCAUUCGCGGACGCACACACACGUUCUGCCCCUGCCUCUUCCCCUGCCUCGGCCUCCUGCCUCUGUUCCCCUGCCUCUGAUCCUCUGCAUCGAGAUCGACACAAAUGGCGGGCUCAGCAGCAGCCGCGGCAGCGAAGCCCACCCCGCUGCUCAAGGACGAGCUGGACAUCGUGAUCCCCACCAUCAGGAACCUCGACUUCCUGGAGAUGUGGAGGCCCUUCUUCGAGCCGUACCACCUCAUCAUCGUCCAGGACGGCGACCCCUCCAAGAUCAUCAAGGUCCCCGACGGCUUCGACUACGAGCUCUACAACCGCAACGACAUCAACAAGAUCCUGGGCCCCAAGGCCUCCUGCAUCUCCUUCAAGGACUCCGCCUGCCGCUGCUUCGGCUACAUGGUCUCCAAGAAGAAGUACAUCUACACCAUCGACGACGAUUGCUUCGUCGCUAAGGACCCAUCAGGCAAAAUGAUCAAUGCCCUCCAGCAGCAUAUCAAGAACCUCCUCUGUCCAUCCACUCCCUUUUUCUUCAACACGCUGUAUGACCCUUACACGGAAGGUGCAGAUUUCGUCCGUGGAUACCCUUUCAGUCUGCGUGAGGGUGUACCGACUGCGGUCUCUCAUGGCCUCUGGCUCAACAUCCCGGAUUAUGAUGCACCUACACAGCUCGUGAAGCCUCUUGAAAGGAACCAAAGGUAUGUUGAUGCGGUCUUGACAAUACCGAAGGGCACUCUUUUCCCUAUGUGUGGCAUGAAUUUGGCAUUCGACCGUGAGCUUAUUGGCCCUGCAAUGUACUUUGGACUGAUGGGUGACGGCCAGCCAAUUGGCCGAUAUGAUGAUAUGUGGGCUGGCUGGUGCGUCAAGGUCAUCUGUGAUCAUCUGGGACUGGGAGUGAAGACCGGCCUGCCCUACAUAUGGCACAGCAAAGCCAGCAACCCAUUUGUGAACCUGAGGAAGGAGUACAAAGGCAUCUUCUGGCAGGAAGAGAUCAUCCCGUUCUUCCAGUCUGCGGCUCUUCCCAAGGACUGUACCACGGUCCAGAAAUGCUAUAUCGAGCUCUCCAAGCAAGUCAAGGACAAGCUCAGCAAGGUCGAUCCUUACUUCGACAAGCUCGCAGAUGCUAUGGUCACUUGGAUUGAGGCCUGGGACGAGCUCAACCCGCCAGCUGGAGCCGCCGCCAAGGCGCCGAGCGGCAAGGCCAAAUGAGGAAGUUUCGUACUUCGAGGGAUACAUUAGCUCCUUAAAUUUUCCAAUCUGAGAAUUCACUCCGAAGAGCCAUUACCAUUACAGCUCUUUGUUCCUUCUUUUUCUCUCUUUAAACUUAAUUUCCGAGACUAUCACAUAUAUUAGGCUUGUUUCCCGGGCUUUCCUUCUA